AGCUGCUGGUCGACUGUGUGCACGAGAGCGCGCGGCACUAAGAGUGUGGCUCUAGUGGAGUGGCGGAUUUUCUCUUGAGUUUUUCCAUCGCUUUCUUUGUUUUUGUUAUUAUUUCUUUUUUUAAAUUAAAUUUUCAUUGCCGUGUUCAUGUAUUCAUUCUGUGUGCGAUUUCUGGAUGUCUUCUGGGCGCCGACCUUCUUCUCGUCCGAAGCAGUCCAAGGGGAAAAGACCAGAAGAAAAGAAUGUAGAAAUUGAGCGUUUUUUCUGAGGCGCCGAGGUGAAGUACAAAGGAGAGUGGAGCUCUGAGGCGAAGCGACACCCAAGUGACACCGCGGCCGGAUUUGCAGCGCCACCGACACCCACACAGACUCCGACACACACAGAGCCCGUGUUCUGCGUGUUCUGCCGCGCUCCUCCACACCUGAGCCCCGGCGACGUCGGUCGGUUGUCUCUGCUGCUGCUGCGCUGGAGGGUUAAGCCCGGCGGAGACACUGCUGCUGGCCGCGAUCUCUUCUUCUCACGACAAGUUUAGAGACUUGGGGGGGAAAGUGGGGGACAAAGAGGGGCCCUGGAGGGACCCAGCCGGCAGCGCGGGCCGUGGCGUGGAGCAGCGAGCGACACGAUCCUGCCCGUCCGUCGCCCUCGUCUCCAUCAGACUGAGCUGCAUCCUCUCUUCACCUUCGUCACUUGGCUUUCUUGCGAACGCGCCGUGCAAACCCGCGAGCCGCGCUUCUCCUCUGCGCGGUAAACAACACUGACACACAGCACCGGUGGUCCGGGUCCGUCGCGGCUUCGGUCCGUCGCGGCUGUCCGAGGCGAGGUUGACAUCCGCCGGCACUGUAACUGUUCGACCUUUUCGGCCGCUGCGUUUUUUUUUUGUCUUUGCGCUGCAUCAAUUUAAAUAUAUAUUUUUUUCAUUUAUAUUUAUAUUAGUGGCUUGAAGUGUGCUCUGGUGCUCGCAUCCCCUGUGCGCCGACACCGACGUCUGACUGAGGGGGGGACGGGCUGCAUGGCCGCGCGAUCGGCACCGUGUGUCACACGCGUGUAGGGUCCCCGUGGACGAGCAUCGGUCCCCGAUACAGUUUGCAUACACAAGGGUGUUUGUGUGUGUGUGUGUUAUGUACGGUGCGUACAGGCUCGCGCCGGCAGCCAUGCAGCUCGCGCGCUCGAACCGGCAGCAGAAGACGGCGCGAGCGCUCUGGAUCCUUCUCCUCCACUUGGUCCAGCUCUGCGCUGCAGAAGAAGAGAUCCUGAUGAACACCAAGCUGGAGACCUCUGAUCUCAAGUGGACCGUCUACCCACGUAAUAAACCUGAGUGGGAGGAGAUGAGUGGCCUGGAUGAGGAAAACAACAGCGUUCGCACCUACCAGUUCUGCCCCACUGAUAGCUCGGGGAGCCACUGGCUGCGCAGCACACUGAUCGAAAGGCGGGGUGCAUCACAAGUCUAUGUGGAGCUUCGCUUCACCAUGAUGGAGUGCUCAUCGCUGCCAACACAGCACCGCACAUGCAAGGAGACCUUCAACCUGUUCUACUACCAGGCCGACACAGACGAGGCCACAGCCACCUACCCACCAUGGAUGGAGAACCCCUACGUCAAAGUGGACACGGUGGCAGCGGACUUCCUGCUACGCAAGGGUGGCGAGCGCAAGUUCAACGUGAAGAUUCUUCGGUUGGGCACUCUCAACAAGCGUGGAUUUUACCUGGCCUUCCAGGCACAGGGGGCCUGCAUGGCGCUGCUGUCUGUGCGCGUCUUCUUCAAGAAGUGCCCCGCCUUGACGCGUGCGCUUUCCUCCUUCCCCGAGACAGUGCCACGCUCCCUUGUGCAGGAGGCACAGGGCGAGUGUGUUGCAAAUGCUGCCCAGCCAGGCCAGCGUACUCAGCCGCCGCCACGCAUGUUCUGCGGAGAGGACGGCCAAUGGGUGGGGCAGCCCAGCACCGCCUGUGCCUGCUUACCUGGGUACGAGCCUGCAGACAACAAUGUCCGCUGCAGAGAGUGUCCAUCGGGGCAGUUCAAGUCUGGGGAGGGGUCUGGCCUGUGCUCACCCUGCCCUGCCCACAGCCAGGCAGUGAGUGCUGGAACAUCAUCCUGUUUGUGUCACCCGGGGUACUACAGAGCUGAGAGCGAUGCUCCGACGACAGCCUGCACCACUCCUCCCUCAGCACCACGAAGCAUCGUCACGCAGAUCAAUGAUACGUCAGUGACUUUGGAGUGGAGCGAGCCCCUGGACAACGGUGGCCGUCGGGAUCUAAGCUACGGGGUACAGUGUCAGCGCUGUGGGGUCCCUGGGGGCCGCUGCACCUCCUGCGGGGACAGGGUCAGCUACCGGCCAGCUCAGCACGGCCUAACAACACGUCGUGUUGUGGUCUGGGGCCUGCUGCCGCACACCACCUACAUCUUCUUAGUGCAGGCGCUCAACGGCGUGUCCCAGCUCAGCGGCCGUGAACCCUCCAGCGAGAGCGUCAACAUCACGACAAGCCGAGAUGUGCCUGUACUGGUGUCGGGCAUCAUGAGUGACAGAGCGACUGAGAGCAGCUUAACUCUUCGCUGGCCAGUGCCCAAGCAGUCUCACUACACCAUCCUCCACUACCAGCUUCGCUACUGCGAGAAAGAGAAGCGGAAUGAGGAGGAUGCAUGGCACUACAAGGAGAGUGACAGUGCCCAGGUGGUGCUCACCGACCUGCGCAGGAGUACCCAGUAUGAGGUGCAGGUCCGCGCUCGCACCAUGGCUGGCUAUGGCAACUUCAGCCCAGCUAUGUCCUUCCACACCCUACCCAACGACGAUGGCUCACAUUCCCAGCUUUUGGUCACUGGGGUGCUGGUUGCCAUGGGACUGCUACUCCUCAUCACAGUCAUCGUCAUCGCCAUCUUCUGCAUACGCAAACACUCCCGCAUGAAGGACCCUGAACUAAGUGACAAGAAUGGACAGUACCUGAUGGGCCAGGGUAUCAAGGUGUACAUCGACCCAUUCACCUAUGAAGACCCAAACGAGGCUGUGAGAGAGUUCGCCAAGGAGAUCGACGUGUCCUUUGUUAAGAUCGAGGAGGUUAUCGGAGCCGGUGAGUUUGGCGAGGUUUGCCGGGGAAGGCUGAAGGUCCCUGGAAAGAAGGAGAACUAUGUGGCCAUCAAGACCCUGAAGGGCGGCUACACAGAGAAGCAAAGACGGGAUUUCCUGAGUGAGGCAAGCAUUAUGGGCCAGUUCCAGCACCCCAACAUCAUUCACUUGGAAGGAAUCAUCACUGCUAGCUGCCCCGUCAUGAUCAUCACUGAGUACAUGGAGAACGGCGCACUGGACUCCUUCCUCCGGCAGAACGACGGGCAGUUUACUCCCAUCCAGCUGGUGGGAAUGCUGCGGGGAAUUGCCUCUGGCAUGAAGUACUUGUCAGAGAUGAGUUACGUGCACCGGGACCUGGCUGCCAGGAAUAUUCUGGUCAACAGCAACCUGGUGUGCAAGGUGUCCGACUUUGGCCUGUCGCGCUUCCUGCAGGAGAACUCCUCGGAUCCAACCUACACCAGCUCCCUGGGGGGUAAGAUACCCAUUCGCUGGACGGCCCCUGAAGCUAUCGCAUUCCGCAAGUUUACUUCUGCCUCAGAUGUCUGGAGCUAUGGCAUCGUCAUGUGGGAGGUCAUGUCCUUUGGUGAACGACCAUACUGGGACAUGAGCAACCAGGAUGUGAUCAACGCCAUUGAGCAGGACUACCGCCUGCCUCCUCCACCUGACUGCCCCACCUUUCUGCACCAGCUCAUGCUGGACUGCUGGCAGAAGGACCGUGCAGCUCGACCUCGCUUUGCAGCCAUAGUCAGCGCCCUGGACAAGCUCAUCCGCAACCCCGCCUCACUCAAGAUUGUGGCUCAAGACGGAGCGGGGCCGUCUCAUCCCCUGCUGGACCAGCGCGGACCCCCGCCUCUCUCUGCCUGCAACUCUGUUGGAGAGUGGCUCAGGGCCAUCAAGAUGGAGCGCUACGAAGAGGGCUUCCUCCAGGCUGGGUUCACCUCCUUCCAGAUGCUCUCCCAGAUCUCCACAGAGGACCUCCUACGUAUCGGGGUCACCCUGGCCGGACACCAGAAGAAGAUCCUCUCCAGUUUGCAGGUCAUCAGGGUACACAACGGGAGCCCCGGCACCAUGCGCUUUUAGUCCUGCAGUCUACCACCGCCCCGCCCCCUCCUUCACAGCCUGGACUGUCUUUCUACAGCCAGCUGAACUCUGUCUCCAAAGUUCUGCAAUCACAUGUUUUAUUCUUCCUCAGCUUGCAUCAUCGCUGGAUUUCUACAUUUCCAUUCAGCUUCCCCAUAACCUGCCAGCUCUUUACUGCCCAGGAAUCAUCCUGCUGUUACAGCAAAUCACAGCCGGGUACAGCCUCAGAGCCCCACUGGGGGUCCUUGGUGCUCAAGGGCAGAAUCCAUACAAGAUGGUUGCCCAGGAUCACGAUGGAGAUGCUGCCGAUAGCAGGUCCGUGUAUGGUACUGGUGCUCGAAGCAGCCGCGGGCAGGGCGCAGGAACGGGACUCUCGCUCUCAGCACGGAGCGCCCACAGCCGGUCCGCAGCCAGCAUUCAGAACGAGCAGAACGUGACCUUGGGACCUUGUAGACAUACAUAGCCCCAUGGGAGUCCCAGCCACAGGUUGGCCCAAAAACUACGUAAACACAAACCAGAGCAGGGAUUCCACCACUGCAGAGCAUGCAGAUUAAAUCAUUGUGGUGACUUUGUUUUAAUUUAAUUAAUGGCAAUAUACAUUAAACGUAUAAUGAAGCAACAGCUGAAGAGGCCUGGACACAUGAGCCCAUGUUCGCUCAAAGGAUAAGCACAGCGUUUUCCACCAACCUACUUAAUGAUGUUGGAUGCUGCUUGAAUCUGAGCUUCUGGGGUCCCUUCUGGCAACUUCACGGUUUAUCACAUUUAUUUUCCCUACGAAGCUGGACUGUGGCUCGAUGAUGCAGGAUUGGGGCAAACCUGAGACGUGUUAGCACUUGUGUGCCUGGGGGAGUUUGGCACGGUUAUCCCACUAGUGAAUUUCUCAGCGUUUCCCGCACAGCACCCUCUCCUCCGAACCUCCUCCUUUUACCUUCCAAGAGGGCAGGGGUUCCACUCCCCGCCAUUUUCCGCAGAGGGAGACCUGCAGAGGACUCGCGGACACAAAAGAGACCAAGCAAAUACUGUUGAAUCCAACUUUUAUACGUUGACUUUGUUCAUGAAAGCCAUAAAUCAGGGUUUGUUUAAUGUUGCUGGUAUGCAAGGAGGCGGAGUCUGUGUUUCACAAGCAGUCCUCAGGCAGAGCUGCCGUCCCCGUUGUCCAGAUGUUGUUUGGAGCGUGCUGUACCCCGUGACGGGUACGACUGAAUACUGGAUUGCACCCCCCACCCUGAAAACGAAGAUUCUUCUUGGCAUUCGAUGUGUGAACGACGUCUGUGGGCUCCUUGGUGCCCUUGGAAUUCUGGGAGAAUAAAUCUGAUCUUCACAUUGAGGGUCUGUUAUUAUAAACCAAUGAUUGUGUUUUUUUUUUUUUUAAAUUUCGUUUCCUUUUAUUUGUAUAAAUUUCUGUAUGUAUGGGAUGAGCAGUGG